GUCUCACUGUGUAGCCCAGGCUGGCUUUGAACUUGCGAUCCUCCUGCCUCAACCUCCUGAGUGCUGAGAUUACACAUCUGCACCCCCAUGCCUGGCUGGAGAUUUUCUUUGUCCUAUAGAUGUUUCUAGAGCAGAUGAAGCCUGAGGAGCCUUCCAGCUGUUGGAGAUCUGGAUCGUGAACUCUAAGCCUGAAUCUGCAGAAGACCUGCUGGCCAGCCACUCAACACAAUGUCAGAAAGCCACAUACCUUCUGCCAGUGGUCCCUUCUCAGCCCUGACUCCGAGCAUAUGGCCCCAAGAGAUCUUGGCCAAGUGCACACAGCAAGAAGAGUCGGCAGAGCAACUGGAAUUCUGCUACGAUGAGUUUGGUUUCCGCGUGGACAAAGAAGGUGCUGAGCCUGGGUGCAGCCUGUUGACAGAUGCACCUCUGGUGGAGGACCCCCCUCAGAGGCUGCGGUGGCAGGCCCACCUGGAGUUUACCCAUAACCACGACGUAGGGGAUCUUACCUGGGACAAGAUUGCAGUCUCUCUACCUCGUUCUGAGAAGCUUCGCUCCCUGGUACUGGCUGGCAUCCCACAUGGUAUGAGGCCACAGCUGUGGAUGCGGCUGUCAGGGGCCCUGCAGAAAAAGAAGAGCUCCGAGCUUUCCUACCGUGAGAUUGUGAAGAAUAGCUCCAAUGAUGAGACCAUCGCUGCCAAACAGAUUGAGAAGGACCUGCUCCGCACCAUGCCCAGCAAUGCCUGCUUCGCCAACGUGAACAGCAUCGGGGUGCCCCGCCUGCGCAGGGUCCUCAGAGCACUGGCCUGGCUCUACCCGGAGAUUGGUUACUGCCAGGGCACAGGCAUGGUCGCUGCCUGUCUCCUGCUGUUCCUGGAGGAGGAGGAUGCCUUCUGGAUGAUGUGUGCCAUUAUUGAGGACCUGCUCCCUGCCUCCUACUUCAGCACCACCCUGCUGGGUGUCCAAACCGACCAGCGGGUCCUGCGCCACCUCAUCGUCCAGUACUUGCCUCGCCUGGACAAGCUGCUCCAGGAACAUGAUAUCGAGCUGUCCCUGAUCACACUGCACUGGUUCCUCACGGCCUUUGCCAGCGUGGUGCACAUCAGGUUGCUGCUGCGCAUCUGGGACCUGUUCUUCUAUGAGGGCUCCCUGGUGCUCUUCCAGACCACGCUGGGCAUGCUGCGCCUUAAGGAGGAGGAGCUGAUUGAGUCAGAGAACUCGGCUUCCAUCUUCAACACGUUGUCAGAUAUCCCAGCGCAGAUUCGGGACGCAGAGCUGCUGCUGGGGGAGGCCAUGCGGCUGGCCGGCUCCCUCACUGAUGUGGCCGUGGAGACCCAGCGUCGCAAGCACCUGGCCUACCUCAUUGCAGACCAGGGCCAGCUCCUGGGGACCAGCACCACCACUAACCUCUCUCAGGUUGUUCGGCGCAGGACCCAGCGGAGGAAGUCUGCCAUCACCUCCCUGCUCUUUGGUGAGCACCGCUGCCCAGCUGCUCUCCCUCACCAGAGGCUGGACAGGACUGGUCACUGCAGCUGUCUGUGCUUCCUAGGGGAGGAUGACUUGGAGGCUCUCAAGGCCAAGAACAUCAAGCAGACAGAACUGGUGGCUGACCUCCGGGAAGCCGUCCUGCGCGUGGCACGCCAUUUCCAGUGCACAGACCCAAAAAUCUGUGGCGUGGAGUUGUCCCCCGACUACAGCAUGGAGAGCCACCAGCGGGACCACGAGAACUAUGUGGCAUGCUUGCGCAGCCACAGACGCCGGGCCAAAGCCCUGCUGGACUUUGAGCGACACGACGAUGAUGAGCUGGGCUUCCGCAAAAAUGACAUCAUUACGAUCGUUUCUCAGAAGGAUGAGCACUGCUGGGUGGGUGAGCUGAACGGCCUGAGAGGCUGGUUCCCAGCCAAGUUCGUGGAGGUCUUGGAUGAACGGAGCAAAGAGUACUCCAUUGCGGGGGACGACUCUGUCACGGAGGGGGUCACGGACCUGGUGCGAGGGACCCUCUGCCCAGCGCUCAAGGCCCUGUUCGAACAUGGACUGAAGAAGCCAUCCCUGCUUGGAGGUGCCUGCCACCCUUGGCUGUUUAUCGAGGAGGCAGCAGGCCGGGAGGUGGAGAGAGACUUUGAUUCCGUGUAUUCCCGCCUAGUGCUGUGCAAGACAUACAGGUUGGAUGAAGAUGGCAAAGUCCUGACCCCAGAAGAGCUGCUAUACCGGGCUGUGCAGUCUGUGAACGUGACCCACGAUGCAGUGCACGCACAAAUGGAUGUCAAGCUCCGCUCUCUGAUCUGCGUGGGGCUCAAUGAGCAGGUGCUACACUUGUGGCUGGAGGUUCUCUGCUCCAGCCUGCCCACCGUGGAGAAGUGGUAUCAGCCCUGGUCCUUCCUGCGCAGCCCUGGCUGGGUCCAGAUCAAGUGUGAGCUCCGUGUCCUCUGCUGCUUUGCCUUCAGCCUCUCCCAGGACUGGGAACUUCCUGUGAAGAGAGAGAAGCCAGGGCUCUGCUCAUCAGCCUCACUCCCUGGACGUCACUGAUCUCAUGGCUCUCCUGCCAAUCCAGAAGCUGACAACUCCCAACUUCUCUGCCUCUAGCCCAGACCUCUCCAACUGCCACGUGUUGUUUCCUGACAUAUGUAAACCCAACUGGGGGUUGUGCCCACAUGUGCCCCCAUGGCGAAGACUACUUCAUUCAUGGAGCUUGAGGCCACUGCCCUGGAGUGAUCUUCCACUGCUCUUCCCCACUCCACACCUCUGAUCCACAAGGGCACCUAACUCAACAUGCUACCCAUGCCCAGGCCCUACCUGUCUAGAACCACUUUGGUCUCACUGCUCCCUGCUGCCCUUGUGUGGCCACAAUUACUACAGCAGAAAGACCCUGAGCCACAUUCAGCCACUAACUUCAGGCUAGGCAUGCUUCACUCAGAGCCUGUGGGUCCUAAUGAUCUGGCUGUGACCUGACUUCCUGCCCUCUUUCCACUCACUCCACAGCUCCAACAUGCCAGUACGCGCCUCUGGAGGCUCCACACCAGUCCCCUUUUGGAGGGUUACCCUGGUCCUCUGUGCUCCCCAGCCCUUCCUUGCAUUGUCACACCUACUCCUUCCACCCAUAUACUUGGCUUACUAUAGUCACUGUUUCUCUCCCCCACACCUUCUGUCGUGUUCACUGAUAUGUUCUGGUGGCCACUGAGGUCCUGCUGAGCAGAUCUUAAGUAAAAUUAAGAUAAAACAACCAUGGGUCAAAGGACUGUGCCUGCCCAGGCCUUUGAGGCUGUGUGUGUCUCAGUCACUGCUAUAUCCACAGUAACUGCCACCUAGGCCUGCUAUUCUGAGAUAAACAAAUCACCAACCUAGGAAUAUAGACAACCUAUGACCAGAGGAGGGGAGAGACAGCUGGUGA